AUGUCACCCACUACCACCACCUCUAACUUCGCGACUCAAUCCAGGGAUGCCGAUGUAAAUAGUCCCGCCACUGCUUCCAACGGACGACGGGGGCAAAUUGGGAAUGGUUCUCAUGUAUGCGUCGUUGCCAAACAGAUUGGAAAUGGCUCGCACGUCUGCACCGUCUCCAAAGCCGAACAUGAAGCCGAGACGUCAGUGGUCCCCUCAAAACAGAUAGGCAACGGCUCUCACGUUUGCAACAUCAAUUAG